AUGGAAGCAAAUAUGGAGUUUUCCACGGCAGUUGCCAUCCGAGAGCCUCUAGUCUCGCACGAGGAUAGAGAAGAUAGCCACUUCAGCCACCCACUUAGUCUGGAUCUAGAUAUCGAUCUUGUAACCCUCUCAAUCUCCGAGGUUGCAGAAGCUAUGAGAAUGGAUACUCGGACUCAUCCCGAGGUACCUCUAACGCUUGCCCCUCCAAAUGCGGUUCAGGAUAUAAAUGCCAAUACGGUUCUAAAUCUUCGCGCAGAGCCCGCGUAUACCCGCCCACCCUCGCUGAAGUUCGCGGGCACGAAAAUAAAGAAACUCAAGCAAAGGGAAAAGAAGCGACUUUCCGAACGGCGACUUAAAUCUCUUUUCUCGGAGGUAAAGGAAGCGCCAUGGAGUACAUUCCGAAUCAUCAGUGAUUUGCAACCCCAAUUCAAGAAUUAA